CAUUCGACGAGUGAGCAAAAGAAUUCUGCAAGUAAAAAUCUAUAAAAAUAUGUGAUGAUAAAAAAUUAAAAAUAAGAGUUUUAUUUAUUUAUUUAUUUUUAAAUAAGAGUAUUAUUGAAAUAUGUAUAAGUAUAAUUUGAGUAAAUUUUGGAAUGAGAAGUGUUAAACAUAUAGUAGUAGUAUAUUCCUCCAAAUCCAACCUCUCAGGAGAAGCUUCUGGACUUGCCGUUUCAUCCAACCCAACAGCCACAUCUCCAACUAAUCCCCAAAUUUAUUUGUGAAUCAAAUUUGAUGAAUGUAAACCACGAACCCAUUUUUCUCCUACCUUUAUUAGCGCCUCUCUAUUGUGGGCGGCCGUUUACAGUUACACUGGGCCGCUCGCGAGAUCCUUGAGAAUACUAAAGUUGCCAUUUUGCACCUUCUCCAGCUUUUGAUUGAUGCAAGGUUCAUUCAUUUAACAUGUUUUAGUGAGGGUGGUGCUCCUAUAUUCCCGUUGGGAUAUAUAUAUUGGGAGUAUGAGAUUGCCUUUUCUCGGUGGUAGUUGUGGUUGUAUCCUCUGUUUCAAAAGGCUACCAGAUUUACAUCAAUUGAGUCAGGGAAAUGCCAUCUAAUAAUUGCUCAAGAUUUCGUGGUGCAAUCUGGCAAGGAUUCUGGAGAUCAGUAUAUGGGCAUGAAACUGGUAUCCAAGGUCAUAUAGAUGAUUUGAUUGGCCAGGGGAAGUUGUUGGUUGGCCGCUCUAGGCUGUUACAUUUUGUACCCUCUGAAACAAAAGGCGACCUGCAUGUAUUUGUACGGUCUGGUACUCUUGCUGCUGCUCAAGCAGAUCUACACUUAGCCAAUCGACGAAAGAACCUUUCAGUUGUUGGAGCAUUUUCUCGUGCAGUUUCCUUACCAUCUGUUUCGGGGCCUUCAUUUCAGGUUUGUGGGUAUCAUAUUGAUUGUUCGCUAUCAGGGCCUUGUAAGGUCUCUGGGAUUAGCUCGCAGAAAUCACUUAUGGCUGGUUGUAGGUCUAGAUCGGUUCUCACGGAAUGCUCUAUUGAAAAUUUGUCUCCUAGACAUGUUAAACAUGGUGCUGCUGCAUAUCAUACGUCUUGUGCGUAUAGAAGAAUUAGCUUUGAAUAUUGUAGAAAUGCUACCAUGAGUUUGAGAAAUAAAGAGCAGCCCAAUAACUUCUUGUUGUAUGGUUAUUUCAUAUACAAUGUCGCAAAGAGAAAGGGUAGUAGCAAUCCAUUCCUUGGAUUUGGAUUUGAGGGUUCUUAUCUAUCAUCACCUGCAUUUUCAACCGCGGGGACUGCACCAGAAGUAUCCUUCGAUAAUUCCAUGAAGGAAGAACAGCGCUCUACCUCUGCAGAUUCGUCUGAGCUGAGCAGUCCAAUCACCAGAGCUUUGAAGCUGAAUUCAGGAUCUUGUUACCUGCCCCAUCCUGACAAAGAAGAGACUGGUGGAGAGGAUGCUCAUUUCAUUUGUUUAGAUGAACAAGCGAUUGGUGUAGCUGAUGGUGUAGGUGGAUGGGCUGAUCUGGGUGUUGAUGCAGGUUUGUAUGCACGUGAGCUUAUGUCUCAUUCAGUCAAUGCAAUUCAAGAAGAACCAAGAGGUUCUGUCGACCCCGCUAGAGUCCUAGAGAAAGCCUACACUAGCACAAGGGCAAAAGGGUCCUCAACUGCUUGUAUUAUUGCUCUCACUGGUGAGGGUCUCCAGGCCAUUAAUUUAGGAGAUAGUGGUUUUAUGGUCGUUAGAGAUGGAUGUACGGUUUUUAGAUCCCCUGUUCAGCAGCAUGAUUUCAAUUUUACUUAUCAGCUGGAGUGUGGGAGUGCUGGCGAUUUGCCUAGUUCUGGACAGGUGUUUACAAUACCUGUUGCUCCAGGAGAUGUGAUAAUAGCUGGGACUGAUGGGCUUUUCGACAAUUUGUAUAACAAUGACAUUACUGCUGUUGUAGUUCAUGCUACGAGAGCUGGUUUAGGGCCUCAGGUGACGGCACAGAAAAUAGCAGCAUUGGCACGGCAACGAGCACAGGACAAAAACAGGCAGACUCCUUUCUCUGCUGCAGCACAAGAAGCUGGUUUCCGUUAUUAUGGUGGGAAGCUUGAUGACAUCACUGUGGUUGUGUCUUAUAUUACAAGUGACCACAAGGAAAAACUUUCAAGCAAAGCCUCUGACUAGAGAAGUAGUUUGCUGUGGUAUUCUAUAUUUUUGGAAGGAAAUGUCUGGUGGCAACCAUGAAGCUGUGGUGUUGGUUUUAUAGUGAAUGUGAGUGUAGGCAGCUGGCUGGGGUUGUACAUAAUAAUACAAUUAUAAAGGGAUGUACCAAGAAAAUAGUGGAAGAGAGUGACAGUUUUGGAAUUUAAACUUUGACGGAAAAUGGUUGAAAAUAAAUAUUUUCAUUAUUCUGUUA